AUGUCCGCAAUAUCGGCAGCACGCAUCACACAUACGGCUCUCCGGAGCCCGCUCCAGCGUUCUGCCCUCUCCACUACAUCUCAUUCCCGUUCCGCUACCGCUGGACCCAGGAAGAACACCAACGGCAACAAGCCUGAGGACAUUGAGAUUCCGGCAUUCAGCAUCCGACAUGUCACAUCGAGCCCCAGGGGCAGGUUUUGGCUGAUGUCGGGGUUCUGCGUGCUUGCUACCAUCGAAGGUUAUGGGUGGUAUAACUUCGGGCCGAAGAUUCUCAGGUGGGAGAAGACGGAUGAGGAGAAGUAG